GGGGACGUUUAUCUGUGCUGCCGGCAGCGGCUGACCUCUGACCGCAAGCCGCAGCCACUGUUCGGCCGGUGGUCAUCCGGAGAGUCGUCCGCCAGAUACGAUGGCCGCCGGAACACCCGCAACGCCUCUGCUCGGCGCCGCCCUCUUGGUUGCCGCGGCGAUGGUUGGACAGCCGGGCGCGGGCUUCCCUGUGGAGCUGCCGGCCAACAACCGCUCCCUGGAGCUGGGCGACUGCUCCUGGGUGGAGGAGGGCUCGCGGGGACACCUGGGAACCGUGGUGUCGCGCUGCUCGGUGCCGAACGCGCGCCUCUCCACGCACGUCACUCUCAGAACCACGCAGGUGGUGUACGCGGGCGAGGCCCCCACGUGCACGAUCAGCUGCGUGCGCGCCCUGGACCAGCUAGCGGAGACGGCGCAGCUGAAUGUGACGCUGACAGGCGGCGGGCCCGGCCACACGUUCGUGUCGCUGGAGGUGCGCGCGCCCGUCGGGUACGGCUACUUCUUCACCGUGGACGCCUACCUCAACUGCACGGGCGGCGUCGUGCCCGCGCUGCGGCAGACCUACCUGCCGGCGCCCUCCGACUUCGACGCCACCGGCGCGGGCGCGUCCGCCCCCUCCUGCUGGCCUUGCGCCGGCGGCUCCUGGUACUGACCACUCACCGUCCCAGCUAGUCCCAGUGAAAUUCGCCCCGGCCUGUGAUAAUGUCGCCGUGUGUAACAGUUCAACUCCUUGGCCAACUACAGUAGUGGCUCAAACUUUGAUAUUUUACACAUAACGGAAUUUUUAUUCAAAGACCUCGCCCUGCUGUCUUUCAGAUGACAUACUUGGUGUUACACUAUCGAGGACGGGUCCAGUAAGAGCAUAAUGAAAGUAGUAGGCAUUCGAGAAUAUUUUGACGUAAUUAUUCAUUGCCAGUUUCAAAUUUACUCUUACCAAAGGAGAGUAAUGAAGUUUGGCGAAUAUUAGUAAAUAUAAUCGGCAUGUUACUUGCUAAAGAAAAAAACAUAUUUUUGUAUGACAGGGCUGUAAACAUGACUAAAUUUUUUUCCGUAUGUAUUCGGCAUGGUCGAGACACAUACCCGUGUCAAAGUAUUUUCUACCCUUGUUACUCAGUAUCCUCAGUAUUACAAUUUUCAGCAUUACCGUCAUCUCUAAUUUCAUUAUCAAUUUAUUGUCAAUCGGGUUCGGCGCUACACGUCAUCUAGAUCUCUAAACACAUAUUGACUGAAUUUUCCCGAACGACAUCCAUCAGAAACCCCAAGUGAAAAUACGCGGUAUGCGCAUCAACUCUUGGAAGCACCGGCACGAUGAGACUGCAAAAAUGUCGUUCGGGAAAGUUUAUCCACUAUGUAUUUAGAAAUUCAUCCAGUAUGUAUUUAGAGGGCCUGAUGACGAUGAUGAUGAAGUGACCGUCGAAACAAGGUACCAGUAAAUUGAUAAUGAAAUUAUAGCUAACGGUAGUGUUUUAAAUUGUAAUAUUCCUAUCGGCUGUGGUCCUCUCUUCAUAUUUAGCAAGGAUAGAUAUGCGGAAAUUGCUCGAUAUUCAGUGUCAUCAAGUAUGAAUGGUUUUUUGAAAUGUGUUGUGGACCCUUCUCUGACUGAUAUAUGACUGUGGACACUUACUUUGCUUUUUUAACUGGUGCUUCGUUUUCAAAAAUAAAUAAAUCAAUAAAAAUUAUAAAAAUG